AGGUUGAAUCCUUAGUGAAGGAUUUAUUUGUGGUUGAUCCUUGAUGCGCUGGCAACGUCUGAUUGGAUCGGGAAAGGGAUGUGUUUUGUGAGGGGAAGAGAAGCCGAAGCCAUCAAAAGAUUUCGAGUUUCUGAGCUGUAUGAUGCAGCCGGUAACAGCCGAAUCAGAUCCACAGUACAUCGGAAUCCGCCGAAUUCUUCUCCCCCGGAAGUCCGAAUCCGGCGCCAUCUCUCGUCGCUAUGAUUUGAGAUGCAAUGGCAAAGGAUAUGUAACGAAUCUCGCUUCUCUCCUUCUUCUUCUUCCUCCUCUUUUGCGUGUAGUCUAUCUCUUCCUCUGAAACUCUGUUUUUCCUCCGAUCAAACUCCAGCGGUGAAAUCUUCAGGCUUUCCUUUCUACAGUCCAAGCCCUUUGCCUAGCCUAUUCAAACCCUCGGCGGCGAGCGCGAGCUCAACGCCUCUCCGCAUCUUCAAGAGACCUUUCCCCCCUCCUUCCCCUGCUAAGCACAUACGCGCUUUCCUCGCGCGUUGCAACGGCUCCACCAACAAGCCCAACAAGGUCACGAUCCCAGGGAACAGUGGUCGAUGGUUACCUUCACCAGGUCCACUCUCCCAUCAGUUUGAAGCAGAGAGCUUCAGUUCUAGUAGAGAUUUACGGAGUGCUAAUCAGGUUUCGAGCCGGAGAUUGAGUUUUAGCUCGAGUUUCAGUGAUGGUGAUCAUUCCUUUCGCCGUGGUGGUGGUGGUUUUGAACAUGCUUAUUCUUUCGUGGGAAUGCAUUGCAUCUUCGACCAAUGCAAAUCUUCUGUUACUGUUCUGAAGUUUGGCCAUAUGAGUUCUGAUCUACUUGCAUAUGGAGCAUCAGAUGGGACCUUAACUGUUUGUAGUCUCUCGCAAGAGCCUUCUGUCCUCAAGCAGUUGACAGGCCACUCAAAAGAUGUCACAUGUUCGAUUCACUCGUAUUGUUUCCUUUUGUCUUUUUUUUUUCCUGUAUCUUGGGUAAACACCUGCCUGCUUCUUUGAAUUCAUGGCUUGUUUUGAGUUGGAAAUUGUAAAGAAAUUAUAUGUAAUAGAUAGAUCAGCUAUGGAUUCCAUAUUGAGUAACACCA